AUGGAGGCCCUGCCGGCCGACGAAGAUGCUCCUCAGACUGGCCCUGACGAGCCACCUUUACCGGCGAAACCGACAGCGCAAGCCUUGCCGGGGAAAGCAUCAGAUGAUCCCCGGUCUGGGCUCGAUUUUCUUAGAGCUACCGGUGCUCCGGUGACACCAGAAUCUCCUAGGUCUACGGUUCAUGACUCUGCUGCUAGAGUAACCCCUACUCCUUCUGAUUCUCCACAUCCUGUCGCCUUCACUCUACCCCCGGCUGUUGCUUCUUGCAGCAAAGAUCCCCCACCGCCAUCGCCUAGCCCCACUCCAAGCACGGUGCGUGUGUCUGUUGGCCCGCCGUCAGCUUCUUCCACUCCCAAGCGAGCGCGAAAUGGGAAGUGGGCGCAGAGUACUCUGGUCGUCGGAGGCCGCCGUAUUCCACCGCCUGACAAUGACAAGCCGGCAGAUCCUCCACCGAAAGAAGCUGAGCAACCGGAGGAAGUUGACAUCCCUGUGCGCGCGGAUACCGGCUCGCCCGCACUCACCAAGAUGCAGCUGCGAGAGCAGGUGUACCUUGAGGCGAGUAUUAACUACGAGACGAAGUGGUCGCAACACUUUUCCUGGCUGGUGUUUGGGAAGACCAAGGACGGUUUUCCAUACGUGAAGUGCUCCAUCUGCAUGUCGUACGCGAAGGGGAACACGAGGUACGCCAUGCAAGGUGACGACGGUGGCCGUGACUUGCAGAUGCAGUCUUUCAGGGCGCACGAGCAUACGGACGCACACAAGGCGGCGGUGGAUCGGCAGUUGAAGCUUGCGGCGGGCAUCCGCGAGGGCCAGCAGGCGAUUUUUGACUUCAUCAACUCCGACGUCAAGGGGCGGCGCGCGAUUCGUCUCAUGCGUGAGGCGUUGGCUGUGAAGGACGCCGCUGAGUCAAACGAGGACCUUGGCAUGGUCGACAAGGUGCUGGAUGUGACUGAGAUUUCGAAGACUAUUGAGUCCACCACGGGUGACCUGACGGAGCGCUACUUGACGACAAACAAACCGUUCGUGGGCGAGGGGAAGAGCUGGCUGGUAAACUUCCUCAAGGUCCACAAGGAGGGUGGAGGCAAGCAGGUCCGGGUUCGAGGCGUGGACGGAGAGGGACGCCCAAUCAACCACCUCUACACCAUGCAUGAGAGGAAGCUGAAGGGCCACAAGCAGGGAAGCACCUACGCGGACUGCGUGAAGCUGUGCCGCCAAUUUGCCCGCGACUGCGUGGACAACCUGAACGAACGGCUGGAUGACCUUGGGAAGCUGGGCCCGACGAAGCUGUUCCGGGCGGGGAAGUGGCCGAAGAUCAAGGCCCAGCGAGAGAAGAAGUGCAAGGAGUGGCUGCUCGGAUGCAGCAAGCUCUUCCGCCACAAGCUGCCGGGAUUCGACCUCAAAGCAGCAGAGAGGGAGCUCUCGACAUUCUGCGCGAUCAUGGAGUCACACCAUGAGAUGGAGAGCUUCGCCCAGGGCCUUAACAACUUUCUUGGGAGCGUAGACUCAAAGAGGUAG